AUGACGCAUGCAGCCGUCAACAGAGGUGCUUCCAUUACCUCGUUUCAAUCAUUGGGCUCCGGCGGUUCGGCAACCUCUCGUUAUGAAGAUGUUAUCUAUGACAAUGUCUACCGACAAACGAGCGCGAGUGCUGGUGCUGGAAGCAGCCGCAUCGAUCGACAUUACCAGCGGAACCAACGAGAGCGUGUUAUUGACGAUAUCAAACGUCAGUUGGCUCUGCAUGAGGACUACGAGAGCGAAGAAGACUUCGAUGAAGAAGAGGAGGACAGGUUCGUGAAUCUUGCAUUGCUUUCCCACAUUGCUGUGCGUUUGCGGGACAAAGUACCACGAGGGACACAUGUUAAGGGUGGUAUCCCAUAUCCGCGUGCAUUUACAGGAAGGGACAUAGUGUCAACGAUUCAAGCGCAGAUACAGCGCGAACUUCUGAACAUGCACGUCUCUUCAAGUGAUCGUCGCCUUGCUCUCCACCUUGCACGCAGUCUACAGAAUCAACUUUUCUUCUACGAAGUGGAAUGGGGCGGACGCGUGCUACAAGACGGUGUUGAAGACGUGUACAUGUUCCUUGAUGACCAGGAAGGCGGUUCGGAUAUGCGUAAUCGGGAGGUGGAAGAACUUCCGACUGGUGUAUUUACGCCAUUGACGAAGUGCUAUUCACCGAGCUGCAUGGAUGGAAUGCCAUACGCGUGUUCGUCUUACAGCUGUCCGCGAAGGAGAGGACUUGUCCGUGAAACAACGAUUCUUCCGGAAACGACAAAAGAGCCUAAAAGGAAAGACUGGGCUGAAUUGAUCGACAAAUCAAUUCUAAAAUCUCUGCCUGAGAGCGAGAAGAAUCGCCAAACUAUUAUCCACAAAGCUAUUGAUAAGGAGGAGCUCUACGUACAAGACCUUGAUUUAAUUGAAAACCUUUUCAUGAAACCACUUCGCUUGGCCGAACCUCCUAUCAUUCCUCUUACUGAGAUCGACAGUUUCAUGGAAGAUGUGUUCCAUAACAUUCUCGAUAUCCGUGAUGUCAACCGUCGUUUGUUAGAAGUCAUGGAAGUCAGACAGCGCGAACAAUAUCCUCUCAUUCAGCGUAUCGGCGACGUCUUUCUUACGGCCGCUACGGACUUUCGGGUCGUGUAUGCGGAAUACGUAGGCAACCUUCCGGUUGCGGAAAAGCGCCUGAAGGAUGAAAUGGAACAGAAUCCUGAACUGAGACGUUUCUUGGAGCGUUGCCUGCGUGCCCAAGAGUCGCGAAGGCUCGAUCUCAAGCACUUCCUUCAGAGGCCGUCGGAGCAGUUACAAAAAUAUCCGGUCGUCCUAGAAGCCAUUUACAACGAGACAGCGGAGGGCAACCCGGAUGCAGAUUUCUUGCUCGAAGCCAUCCAAGCGAUCAAACAAUUACAAUUAGUGGCACAACUGCGCACAUUCCAGGCUGCCAUGGGGAAGGGUCCAACUGCAAAUAUUGACUAUGCUACGCUGGUCCCAGAGGAAGCUAAAAAUGCUAUGUCUAAGCAGGAGAUGAAGCGUCAGGCGAUCAUCUUCGAGCUAAUCCAAGGAGAAAUGAUGUACGUGAAGGAUUUGGAAUCAAUUGGGACGAUGUAUGUUCAACCAUUGAAGAACGCAGACCCUCCGAUCAUUCCGCAUGAUCGGUUAUCGAGUUUCUUGCACGAUGCAUACCAUAACUAUGCGGAGCUUUACCAUCUCCACCGGCAACUACUGAACAAACUUCACGAAAUCCAGCGUGACGAGCAUCCAGUAAUACGCACCAUCACUGCGCCUGUUCUUGAUGCCGCGCUGAACUUCCGCGACGCAUAUAUGCAUUAUAUACCCAACAAUCCUAUCGCCCAUUACAGGAUUGACGAAGAAAUGCAAACCAAUCCUGCUUUCAAAGCAUUUGCUGACGCCACCAUCAGAAAUCCAGAUUCUCGCAGACUGGACAUGAAGAACUUUGUUCAUCGUCCAGUAGCUCGAUUGGCGCGUUACGAACUACUCCUGGGAACUAUACUGAAGGAGACACCACCUAACCAUGAGGAUCGCGAAACUAUUCCGCAGACACUGGAGGUCUUGAAGUCACUGCUUAAAGAAACGAACACUGGAGUCAAGUCUGCAAAUGAGAGAGUUGAGAUUUGGCGCUACAAUCAAAACUUGGUCUUCAAGCCUGGGGAGGCAAUUGAUAUGGACUUGCUUGAUGAGAAUCGCUCCCUCAUUUACACAGGUAAACUCCUACGCCAGCCUGACACAGGCUUCGAAUGGAGUGGGUGGACCGAGCUCUUUGUUCUCCUCUUCGACAAUUACCUUGUUAUGACCAAACCAAAAGACAAAGACGGAAUCACGAAAUAUCACGUCAACCGCAGGCCUAUUCCUCUGGAUCUACUAACGUUGGUGAAUUUCACGGACCCACCUCAGCAACGGAGCAAGGGCAUUCUUGGCGGUUUGCGCGGAGGUGAUCGCAGUGGUGGUGGUAGUGGAACACCAGAUGUACCUGCAGUAAAUGGUUCUGCCACGGUCGACGGACCAACAAGUGACGCUCGAUCGGUCUACCCUUGCACCAUCCAUCACAACGGAAGGCUCGGUGGUCUUUGGACUGUUUACGCUGAGACCGCUCAAGCCCGUGCAGAGUGGAAGCAGAAGCUUGAUGAAGCUAUUGUCCUUCGGAAAGUUGUCACGGAUGCGAAUAAAGUCUUUGAGAUUGAAACGCUUAGCUCGGAGACGUUCCUUGUGCCGUCUAUGCAUGCUGCUCAGCAACCUUCCUCAUGGAAUGAUGAGCAUGUGUUUACCGGUAAAGUUACGUGCUCGGUGCCAUUCUCAACUCCUGAUGGUCGAGGUUUGGUUGCUAUUGGUUGCGCCGAGGGUGUCUGGAUUGGUCUCCGCCAUGACCCAAAAUCUAUGCGGCGCGUAUUGCAUUUGAAGAUGGUCACUCAGUGCGCCAUGUUGGAGGACUUCGGAAUAUUCUUGGUCCUAGCUGAUAAGGCACUAUUCGCUUAUCAUAUUGAAGCACUUGUACCAUCUUCACCCCCCAAUGCAAAUGCUUCGCGUACACCGCAGAAGCUAAACGGGAAUAAAGAUGUUCAAUUCUUUACUGUUGGCACACUCGGUGGACGCACCCUUGUCAUCUAUAUGAAGAAGAAAGGACUUGACAGCGUGUUCCGUGUGCUGGAGCCAGUCAUUGGCAAGAUCAAUGAAAAGGCGAAAGCUCCUGGAGGAUUGAGUCGCUUCGGCUUCGGUUCACAGCGAUCGGAGUGGUUCCGUAUCUUCAGGGACUUCUUCCUGCCAUCUGAGUCCUACGAUCUUAUCUUCCUCAAGGCAAAGAUCGCCAUUCUGUGCUCAAAGGGCUUCGAAAUCAUGGAUCUCACUGACUUUAAGAGUGUUACUAUCCCUCAACGUGACGAUCCUCGCCUUGCUGCACUGACGAAGCGGUGCGAAUCUUGCAAGCCCAUGGGCAUGUUCAGAUCAAGCGAGAAUGAGUUCCUCCUUUGUUAUGAUGAAUUCGGUCUGUAUGUCGAUCGACACGGUGAUCCCAGUCGAUCAGUGGGAACGAUCGAGUGGGAAGGCACCGCUGAGCGAGUUGCCUGGCAUCCACCAUACGUUCUUCUCUUCGACAGCCGCUUUAUCGAAAUUCGACAUGUCGAGACAGGCCGAUUGGCGCAAAUUAUUCCGGGUAAUGAUAUCCGCUGUAUAUGGGAUGGCCGAGGGUCGAACGUACCACCAGUCGGGACACCUGGGCCUGAUGGCUGGGGAGAAGCUGGUCCUCAGGAGGCUCGCAUACAUGCUGUUAUGCAGGCUUCUGAACCGACGGGUAAUGGUGCACGACCUUCACGCGCUGUUGCUCAGCACGUCUUCCAGCUUGUCCCUACGAUUCCGUUAUACCUCCCUGGAUCCCUCUCCUCUCCGUCAAACUCGACGUACUUCCCUCAAUCAACUUCACCUCCGCACUCGCCGUCGCUCACUCCACGGCACUCGUGGAGGUGA